AUGGCUGAAAGAAAACACCUUCACCUCCAUGGCCACCGCCCCUCCGCCCUCAAAAUCUCCAAACACUCCCACAAUAUCAAAAAGCCGCCACCGCUCCCCCCGCCACCGCCGCAGCACCGCCCCGUCAUAAUCUAUACCGACUCCCCCAAGAUCAUCCACACCAAUCCUACCCAAUUCAAGGACUUAGUCCAACGCCUCACUGGCUACCAACCUAAUAGCCCUGACAUUCAUCAAGUCCAAUCCAAGACAAUAUCAAUGUCUACAUCGAUGCCAACGAGUAGUACCGAACAAGGAGUGGAGAGUCUAAGUCGUUUCCCAACUGGGAUAUUAUCGCCGACGCCGGAGUUUCUACCGCCGUCGGCGUCAACGGAUCUCAGCUCUCUCACCCACUACUUCCAAGACAGUUCUAUAGCUCCGAAUAAUUUUGCAUCGUCGCUAGAUUUCUUCGAUAACUUCCCUGAUUUUCAUUAA